UGUUAAAGAAUCAGUCACGUCUCUCUUUGUCUGUAAGAAAAGUCCUCCAGUCUGCUCUGACUUGGUUGUGUCAGAUAUCUAGGAUGACCCAUCAGUUUCCUCCCCUCACCACUGAGCAAAAGAAGGAGCUACAUGAGAUUGCUCUGCGCAUAGUAUCUCCAGGAAAAGGCAUCCUAGCUGCAGAUGAGUCCAUAGGCAGCAUGGGGAAGCGUUUGAAUCAGAUAGGGGUUGAGAACACAGAGGAGAACCGCCGUCUCUACCGCCAGGUGCUCUUCACUGCUGAUGAUCGCAUUGAUAACUGCAUUGGUGGAGUGAUCUUCUUCCAUGAAACACUCUAUCAGAACUCUGAUGACGGCAUUCCAUUCGUUAAGCUGAUAAAGGACAAAGGCAUCACUAUAGGAAUCAAGGUUGACAAAGGAGUAGUCCCCUUGCCAGGCACUAAUGGAGAGACCACUACACAAGGUCUCGAUGGGCUCUCAGAACGCUGUGCUCAGUACAAAAAGGAUGGAGCUGACUUUGCAAAGUGGCGCUGUGUGAUGAAAAUCAGUCAUACAACCCCAUCCAACCUGUGUAUUGAGGAAAAUGCAAAGGUUCUCGCCCGCUAUGCUAGCAUUUGUCAGCAGCAUGGGAUUGUACCCAUAGUGGAACCUGAGAUCCUACCUGAUGGAGACCAUGAUUUGAAGCGCUGCCAGUUUGUCACAGAAAGGGUGCUUGCAGCAGCUUACAAAGCCAUGUUUGAUCAUCAUGUGUAUCUGGAAGGCACACUACUUAAGCCCAAUAUGGUGACCCCUGGACAUGGCUGCCCAACCAAAUACAGUGCAGAGGAAGUUGCUAUGGCAACGGUUACUGCCCUGCGGCGCACUGUCCCACCUGCGGUCACAGGAGUGACAUUUCUCUCAGGAGGCCAAAGCGAAGAGGAGGCUUCCAUCAACCUGAAUGCCAUCAAUAACUGCCCACUGGCGAAGCCCUGGUCUCUCACCUUCUCAUUUGGCCGAGCUCUGCAGGCCUCAGCUCUGAAGACCUGGCGUGGACAGAGAGAGAAUGAGACCGCUGCAACUGAGGAAUUCAUCAAACGAGCAGAGAUCAACAGUUUGGCAUCUCAAGGGAAGUACACUGUUGGUGGUGACAGCAGUGGAGCCACUGGUCUAUCUCAUUAUCUCUCCAGCUAUGCAUAUUGAAAUGCCACUCUCUCCCAUACUCCAGCAUUAGCUGAAAUGUCACUGCCACUUACAUAUAAAACACUUAACUUAUGUAGAUUGAUUAUUUAUUAUUAACUCAUACAUGUGAUGUUAAUACAAAAUGGCACAAGAAAGUCACCACAGUGAGUUUUUGUGGAUUUGAGAUUUUGUGAUGUUUUCUGCUAGUCUUAAAAACAUUAUAAAAAGUAGCUUCUGUUGCAAAGACUGUGCUUUAGAAAAAUAAUGAAAAUGAUGCAGCUGGCAGGUUUAUUAAUAAAGUUACAAGUGACUCUGUAAUAGAGGUAGACCGAUAUGUUGGUUUUCUGAUUAAUCAGUGCUGGUGGUUGCUUUUUGGAACUAUCGGUUAUCUGCAAAAAUAAAUGUCUGUGUUGCCAAUAGUUUUUUUUUAUUUUUUAUUCCUCUGUGGCCGCCGCUGAAGGAGUCUACAGUUAGAGCAACUUGGUUAUACAGUGUAACAGCGUUCUUAAGAGGUGAAAUAUGAACAGUCAAUGACUGACAAUAUUCAUCCAUUUUUUUUAAUCCUCACUUCAAUGCAAAUUUUGUUAUUUUGAUUAGUUAAUCCGUGUUCUAAAUUAAAGCGAGUGCAUAAAAAGAAAAAUGUGACUAUUUGGAAACUUGCCCCGUCAGCACAUACACUGUGUCCCCAACUUCAUAUCUUAUGAUUAAUAAUAAAAAACUAAUUUGAUGAAAUAUAUAUACAGUAUAUAUUUACAUUAAGUCCUUAAUCUGAUGAAUAUAUAGGCUCUAAAAAUCUUAAUUUGGUAAAAAGUUAAAUAUAAUAAUAGAGACACGUCUCCAUCAUUUCAAAAUAAGAGUCCUUAAAUAAGUGUAUUUCAAGCUUGUUCAUAGUCCUGGGUUAUGCUCCAAAUCUUAAUUAUUUUCUGGUUUUUACUGAGAUUUUGGUUGCACAAUAAACUGCAUCUGGGAUUGUAUACUUUUUGGACUCCUGGUCAUAGCAAGGAAAAGCUAAGAAAGUUUUUUUUUUUUAACAUUCUAUAAAUCAAUUUUAAAAACUAUCGGCCGAUUAAUUGGUUAUCUGCCUUUUUCACCACCUUAGUUAUCGGUAUUGGCAAAAUCCACUAUCGGUCAACCUCUACUGCGUAAUAUUGAUCCUUAUCACUUACAUUUAAGGGUUUUUGUUCAUAAGGUUCUAACUUGUGCUAUGCUUCCGAAUUCCACCCAUUCAUCAUUUAAAAGCUUUAAUAAAGCCUUUCUUCUGAUGAAGAAUAACAGCAUGGAUGACAAGUUUAUGACUUUAUCUACUACGGCAAUCCUGUAUGUUUGGCGUGAAUGCAUUAUUGACUGUGUAACUGAAUUGCUGACAAACUGAAAAUACUGCAAUAAAUUUGUGAAGAUA